GUUACCGUACUUGUUUUCUUCUUCAUCUUCUUCUUAUUUAUUUCAAUCUUUCUGUGUAAUAAUAUUAGUAUUUUGAAUAGCAAAAUCACAAGUGGAGAGAGAGUGAGAAGGGAAGGAAUGUUUUACUCACACUGCCUUCUGUCAAGGAAAGGUCCAUUAGGUUCCAUUUGGGUUGCUGCUUACUACUUCAAAAAGCUUAAAAAAGCACAAGUCACGUCCACUGAUAUCUCCUCCUCCGUUGAUAAAAUUUUGCAAGAUGGGUUUGAUGUUGUUACAUAUAGAGUACUGGCGUACCUUCUUCUUGGUGUGGUCAGAAUAUACUCCAAAAAAGUAGAAUAUCUAUUUGAUGACUGCAACAAAGUUCUUCUUAACAUCAAGGACUUUGUGCUCUGUAAUAAAGAUGGGAUACUUGUGGAAACCUUGCAAGCACCUUACUUCUCUAUUACUCUACCAGAAAGAUUUGAACUUGAUGCUUUUGAUCUGGAGAUUAUUGAAGAUACCAGUGAAGGCAAUGUGAUGCCCCACGAAGAAAUUACACUUAAAGAUGGCAUGUGGAAAACUAGGGGUGUAGGGAAAUAUUCUCUAAACCAGGAUCACUGUGAGGAAUUUGCUGUCCGUGGAGAUACUUGGUCUGCAGGUUACAGUAUGAAUGAAGAUGUUUUUUCAUCUCAUUUGGUGGAUGUUAUGGAGCAAGGCACAUUGUGUAGUGUAAGCACUCUACAAGCAAGCAUGGAGAAGCUUCAAGGCAGUAUGUUCUCUCAUCAUGAAUGUGAGGACCUUGAAAUGUUUCUUGCGGUUGAGGAGGAGCCUACAAACACUAGAAAAUCAUUUGUUGAAGAUCAUCUAACUAAUGAGGAGGACUCAAAGGUUCCAGAUAAGAUAGGUUCGGAUGAAACACAUGCAGGAAUGAGUGUGCUGAAGCUUUGUGAUGACAGUGUCUGUCAGGAAGCAUCUCUGAACCUUGAAAUGUUUGGUGGGGUAGUGGAAGAACCUGGAAAGCUUGCUAAGCGAUAUCACCAAUCUGAGGAGCCGCAAAAAGAGGUUCCUGGUGUGGAACAAUCAGAAAAUGAAACGCAAAGUAUUUUAAAUGAUGUUAAUGUGUCUGAUGUAGAAGUAUCCAUAGAGAAGCUUCUAGAGAGUAGAUUUUUUCAAGAAGAAUGUAUGGAUGCUAAUACAUUUCUUGCGGUUGAGGAGCCUCCAGAACAUGCUAGACCAUUUAAUGAAGAGCAUCAGAGCAAUGCAGGGAACACAAGUUUACCAGAAACAACAACAUUGGGAAAAAGAAAGCAGCAACUUGUUUCAGAAGAUCAUCCAUUGUAUAUAAAACUUGACACUACUCCUCAAUCCAAGUUCAAAGAUGUUUCAGGAGCUAACACACCAGAGUUUAUGGUUAUUUCUACACCGGCUGCUAAGGAGCAUGCUCGUGUUCUCAGGAAAAGAAAGUGUUUCUUUGAUGAUGUGGUAGUGUUUCCUAAUAACGUAAUUAAGGAAUGCAUAGAAAACACAGGUGACUUGGUGUCAAAACGAAGAAAGCUUCCUCAUACUGCUUUUGCUGUCUGGAAAGCCUGUCGAUUUUCCAACCUUGACAAGUGUUUCCUGGAGCCUCUGAUUCCUUGUGCUUCACUAGAGCUUGGAUCCCUCUUUCGCACAAAGAAAUUACAAAUUCCAGAAACAGUCAAGAGUGUUGGUGGAUCAGUUGAAAUCGAGGAACCUUCCAAAAAGUUGGAUGCUUCAGAGUCUCAAAACAUUGGAGGGUCAGUGGAAAAUACAGAGCAUCUGGAAAAGUUAAAUGUUUCAGGAUCUCCUCUUUUUGGCAGAUUAGAUGAAACUGUGGAAACUACAGAAAAUAUGUUGAUUCAAGAAUCAGCUGGGAUCUUGGAAUCUCCAAAAAAGUUUGUGUCUGAAUAUCCUACUAGUGCUAGAUUGGUUGAGACCAUGGAACUUUCAGACAUGUCAGAAUCUUGUACUGUUGGAAGAUCAGUUGAAACUGUGGAGACUCUAGAGAAGUCAAAUGUGUCUGGAUCUCCUUCUGCUAGUAGAUUUGCUGAAACUUUGAAACGUCCUGGAAAGUUAGAUGUAGCAGAAUCUCCCACUGCUGGUGGCUCUUUAGAGCAAAUGGCAAUCGCACCAGAAACACCUAUUCAGUGCACAACACUGGUGAGGUCUUUUGAGAGCCCUGAGAGACCUGAUAUUUAUGAUGCAGAUGGACUAUGGUCCAAAACUGUUGAGAAAGAAAUUUGCCGUAGCCUGGAUCAAGAACUUGAUUUCAAUCUGCUUAAUGAGGACACGAAUACAUCUGGAGGUAACCAGGAGCAUUAUGGGUGGUCAGAAAGAACCAGAGUGGCAGUGAAAUGCUUGCAUGCAAGUUUUCUGAUACAGAAGAAAAGAAGACAGGAGGAAGUUCUAAAUUUAUUGCGAAUUUUGGAAGGAAGAACCAAGAGAGAGAGUGCCAGGCUCUUCUAUGAGAUACUGGUAUUGAAAAGUAAAGGAUAUGUGGACGUGAAGGAAGAAAAUUUAUACGGUGACAUUCUCAUCUGGAAAACCCCUCAAUGGAACCAAGCUUGUAGAUCGUAAAUGUAACUUCUUGUGAGUGUGAGUUUAUUCACAGAUCUUAAUCAUUUUAGGCUGUAGGGUUUCUGCAGAUGUAGUAGUUUCAUUUUGUAGCAAUAGUUCUUCUUUUCUCUCUUUAGAGUGAUUCAGCCUCCAUGCUAGGAAAAGAAAGAGAAGAGCAGAGGGCGUUGUAAUGACAGGUGAAAUGAAAGAGAGAUUGCUGUCAAAACAAUAAGCCUCGACUGAUCUUUAAGUAGUUAUAGCUUUCCUUUGAAAGAAUGAAUCUCCUUUUCUCUUUCCUUGAACCAAAUUGCUGCCUCGUUUGCAAAAUAUCAUCAGCAGUUAAGCCACCGAAACUACUAGUAGAUGUUCUCCUCAGAAUCCUUUUGGUCUGCGUGUUUCAUAUAUGUAACUUAUUUUUUCAAAUGUAGGCUUUUGAGAUUCUGAUUGUGUAAUAUUUUGAACCUGAUGUGAUGAGAGUACACCACGGUCUGCCUU